AGCAUGGGACAUUACUCAAGAGCUGACUGAAGAGGAGGAACGACGAGAUGUUCAUGAACAGCCAAUCUUGAUGGUUUUGAAGUUCAUUAUCUACAUUCUCCUCUUUGCUAUUAUUUUGGGUACCUUUACCAUCCAGAAGGUAAUUAUCUUUGAAUUGUAUUGUCCCCAUGUGACCUACAUCCUGUUAAUAAUCGCCAUAUGUGUUCCCUACGCUCUCGGCUGGCUGGUAACAGUGGCCAAGCUUUGUUUUGGAAAUUUCAAGAGGCCAUCACUUCCUACGUGGAUAUGGGUUUUUGUUCUAGAAAACCUGCAUACAGUGGGCCUGUGUUUGCUGGUCUUUCGAAUCCUCCGCCACCUUGAUGUCAUCAGGGCAGCCAUGCUGCUCAGUGGCACCGCCAUCAUCCCUGCCAUCUUGAAAUCAACGCUGGCCAGCUCAAACUACAACAUCAAGGGUGGACUCUGUGUGCAGUGUGACUCCCAUGGACUGGCCAAACAGAUCAUAAGGCAUGUCCUAGACACCCUGGCUAUGCUAGUGCAGGUUUCAGUGAUCCCUCUUGUCCUUCUCAUGGAUUACUUCACAACUGAAUCUGAAAAAUUUGCAUCAGAUCCAUGGCGUGUAGUGGAACUGGUCACAUCAUUCAUCCUAGUGUCAGUUUCUCAGUGGGAGAACUUUACAGACGGAAGAUUUUUCUGUGAGCUGAAUGAGAAAAACUGGUUUAAAAAUGCAAUUCUAAAAAUUAGAUAUGAAUUGCAAAUAGGUCGGCAUUAUCCGUAUCUGGUUACUUAUUUGUGGAAAAUUGGACUUACUGUGCUUUUGAUUUUCAUUACUCAUAAAUUCUUUUUUAAUAUUUCUACAGCAUUUGUUUCCUUUUACGUGUCGUUUGGUGCCUGCAUGUUCCAAAUGCAGUUUGUAUCAAUGACAAUCCCAGCCUGUUUGGCUACCCCAGCAGCAAUCGGAAUAUUUUACCUGAACUGUCACCAUCAGUUUCUGGAUGUUGUUACAGACUUUACAGCCAAAUGUCCCUCAGAUUUGCUUACCGAUCACUGGUACCAUUUUCUGUUUGGCGCUGCCUGGUGGCUCUCCUUCUUGGUAGUGACCAGGCAUAUAUGGAGACCUCAGGUUGACAGAACUGCCAAUAUGGCAAGAGUAUUUCUGAACCCGGUCUACUGCGGUAUCCUGACAACAGAAUCUGUCAUGCUGAACCGAAGGAGACAUCCCUGCAGGGUUUUUAAAGAGCCACAAAUCGAUGAUAAUGGAGAGAUUUUGGCCAUGUUUUAUAAACUGCGGGGAAUGAACAAACUAAGUGGGGAAAGUGAUGAUGAUGAUGAUGAUGAAGAAGAGAAGGAGAUGGUGGGCGCGGAUGAAGAGACACCGACAGAGGGCAAGAAAAGUGAUGUACACCCAGCAACUCCAAUGCUGUAUGCCUGUGCUACUAUGUGGCAUGAAACAAGAAAUGAAAUGGUUCAGCUUCUCAAGUCUUUGCACAGGUUAGAUAGGGAUCAGUGGAUAAGACGUCUAGCAAAUGAGAGGGUACAAGGCUAUGAUCCUGAAUUUUACAAUUAUGAAGCUCACAUUUUCUUUGAUGAUGCAAUGGAGCCAGAUGAUAAUGAUGAGCAGGUUCCAAACCGUUGGGUGAAAGAGCUGGUAGCGUGUAUGGACGUGGCAUGCAGCUCAGUUCAUGGCAAGCCAAUGAAGGUUCACCCUCCCACGAAGGUACCUACUCCUUACGGUGGUCAGCUCAUUUGGCAGAUGCCUGGAGAGAAUCUACUCUUUGUUCAUAUGAAAGACAUCCAGAAGAUCAGAAACAGGAAAACGAUGGUGAUGUACAUGUACUACUUGCUGGGCUACCGCCACAUCAUGGCAAGCAAACACGAGCUACUGGAGAGGCUGAAAGAAGUCAACCUCAAUCAGGGUAACCAUGGCCUCAACAUCAACGAGAUUAAUUACCUGCUGGGGGAAGAAUCGACACUACGGGCACAGAACACCUUCAUUCUGAUUCUUCUGGACAGGAUGAAGGAUGACAAUGUUGGUGCUGCUUGUGGAAGGAUUCAUCCCAUUGGCAGUGGGCCUAUGGUCUUUUACCAGAAAUUUGAGUAUGCCAUUGGUCACUGGCUUCAGAAAGCUGCAGAACAUGUCUUUGGCUGUGUCCUCUGUAGUCCUGGAUGUUUCAGUUUGUUUAGAGCUGCCGCACUGAUGGACACCAAUGUGAUGAAGAAAUAUACAACAGAACCUACAGAGCCUGGCCAUCAUUUGCAGUAUGAUCAAGGUGAAGAUCGUUGGCUGUGCACACUGAUGCUUCAGCAGGGCUACAGGAUUGAAUACGCAGCUGCUGCAGAUGCUUGGACAUAUGCACCAGAAGGAUUCUUUGAGUUCUUCAACCAGAGGCGCCGCUGGAUGCCCUCAACUAUUGCCAACAUUCUGGAUUUGCUGGGCAGUGCCACCAUGACCACCAAGAGGAAUGCCAACAUGAGCAGACCGUACAUUGGUUACCAGUGGCUGCUGAUGUUGAUGACUAUACUGGGGCCUGGCACAAUCAUUAUGAUGAUUGCUGGAGCUGUGAAGCUGGUCUUCAAAUUCUCCCUUGUGGAGGCCUACCUCUUUGCCACACUGCCGGCUGCUGCCUACACACUGCUGUGCUUCUGUGUCAUCUACACUUUCAUCAUGAUGAUAGUCCUGGUGGGCACCAUCAUGACGGCCACCACGGAGAACAUCUUCAAUCCCAGCGUCCUUGUCAUUUCCGUGCUGGUUGGGAUUUUUGUGAUUUCUGGAGUCUGUCAUCCGCAGGAAAUUUGGUGCCUGAUGCAUGGAAUCCUGUACUUGCUUACAAUCCCAUCUGGCUACCUUCUUCUGGUCAUCUAUUCCAUCUGCAACCUGAAUGAUGUUUCCUGGGGCACUAGAGAGGUACCAACAAAGGCACAGAGGUUAGAAAUGGAGAGGAAGAAAAAGGAAAAGGAGGAACUAGAAAAGAACAAGCCAAAGAAAGGGUUUCUGGCAAAAUUAUUCAACAGAGGAGAAGGGAUACAAUAUUGCUUCUCACGCAGGAAACACCCUAAUUCAUUGAACCAGAUUUGUGGCCACCCAGUAGUCCAGACAUUAACACUGUGUAACUUGGGGCGUCAUGCAAGAAAAGAUCUACUAAAGCAAAAAAAAGCAGCAGAUAAAGCAGGUUUGGAGUGA